AUGAUUUUUGCAACCAACCAUAUAGGUGAAUUGUUUGUUGAUGCAGCAGAGCAAGAGCAAAUAAGAAUAAAUACCCCUCAAACCACAUGUAGAAGUUUGUUCAAUCAAUUCAAAGCGACAGAGAGACAAGAGGAUUUUUCAGAAUCUGCUGAAGCUGAAAUUAGCAAAAUUGAUGAUGUAACUAUGGGAAGUAGCAGAGGAAUAAAGCAUGACUUGACGCCGAAUUCCAAAAAGUCUAACCAACCCAGGGCUAAAAAGUCUCUUGUUGGUAAGUAUCUUAUGUUUACCAGCUAAGUUUAAUAGAAGCUGGCAUCUAACUAAAUGAGUCAGUUCAUAAUAGAUAUACACUGUAGAAUAAUUUUAAUAUUUAACACUUUAUUCAGAAUACCCCCAUUCAUAUUAUGCCUAUCCCAGUACUAUUUAUUUCAAUGUAUAGAAAUAAAUUUUACAAUCAUCUUCACUGACAGCUGUAAUAACCUCUGUAAUAAACUCUGUAUGGUAUGCACAUGUACUCUAUAACUUGCAAUUUUCUAUUUGCUUUGUUUUCUAGGAGGAAAACCUUCAGGUCAAGAAAUUACAGACAGAAAGUCUAAAAUAAUAAAUAUACUUCAAGCUUCCUUUAUUCAACAGCGUAGCAGUCAGGCAGUGAGGUAAACAGAGAUAUCCUACUGUCAUCUAUUGGCUUGGAUAAUGGUAGCACUUCAAAUUCACUGGUUACUCGUACAAUAAAACAAGUUUUCCCAGACGUUACACUCAGAAAAAUGAUUUGUAUCCUUUUUGAAUUAUAUGGGAUUAGCAAUUUACAUUACAAAUCUGUGUGAAUUCAGGGUAUAUUUUAACGUGCAGUUCUACACAAAAUUUGCAGUUCUAAACCCAUUUGUGUAGUUCUUAAAACACAGAUGUGCAGUCAGCAAACUAACAAAAAUAGCUUUAAAACAGUCUUCUCAUUUACUCAUUACCCUUGUGAUGCUCCAGAAAAUGCCAGAAAUGCUGUAAUUGAGCAUCAAAAAUAUAAACGUUUUCUGGAAGAGGAUCCCAGACCUUCCUAUUUUCCUCACAAAUCACUUACGUGCUGGGGUAACGGAAAAAAGGUAAAAUUGGGGAGAGAGAAGCUCCACAAAUGAGAUUAGAGUGGGGGAACCUAAUAUUCUUUGCCACCUGAAAUGCAAAUUUAAGCUUGUUAUAUAAUGAAUAGCCAUGAUUCCCAGUUACAUGUUUUGAAAAUGAUUUGAGAGUGGUUGGGUAAAACAAAUCUUUGCCAGAACUUAAGAGCCUCUAGAUUCAAAUUGUUUUGGGGAACACGUCUCCCCUCUCCCCGUCUAGCUCUUGCACCCAAAUUUCCCACCAAACCACACCAUUAUUCUGUCACUUAUAUGCAGGUAAAAAAUCCUUUCACCCCCCCCAGUCAAACACCCGCUGCUUUCGUAACAUCUCUAUAUGUGCAAUUCUAAAUUUUUCUUAAAAUAAACCCUGUGUCAAUUGUAUUCUGUUGAAAACUGAUAGAAUUAAUGUCUAUUUUGAAACACAAUAGUAUUUAUCUGUCAACCAAGAUGUUUCUUUAACUGACUAUAGAACAUUUUAUGUGAAUCUCAAACAUAAAAAUUUAUUCUCUUGCGAAGAUUCUAAGUGUUUACUACCAAUUUCAGGUAGGUAAUGUAUGCAUAUGAAUUCUAUAAAUCGGAGGAUAUGCAAGUUAUAAAAUGAAAAAAUACAAUACAUACAUACAGUAUCUGUCAAGGUACCAUCAAGGCCCUUGCAGGAGAACCCAGAUUUACCCUAUAUUAAGGACCCCCUUAUUUAUUAGUACAGUUAGUGCUUGGUUAGUACAUAAGAGUUAGUGCCUAAUGGUUAGUUUUAGCAAGGGAGGAAACUGGAGUAUCCACUUUCGAAGCACAGGAGAUAACCAACCAAUCUCAACUUAUGUGAGUUAAAAUUAGUUAAGAACACUGAGAUAUUCAUCUGAGGAUCACCGUAUCCUCAACCUGCUGUAUAGGAGGCUUAACUCAGAUGUAAUAGGCAGCACGCUUACUGCUUUCACCACUCUUGCUCCCCAAUAGUUCUACACAAAAUAUACAACAACAAUAUUUAUUAAAAAUUAUAAUUUAUUGUUGUUUUUCAUAUGGACUUGAACAUUUUUAUGUUCUCAUAGAUAGGAUGAUCAAUGUCCAUCAUCAACUUGGAGCUGUAGAAGUAAUGUUAAGACAAAUUUUACAGCAACUGGAAAUAGCAGGUGAAGGAAAUGUGCACUUUGAGGAACUUUUGAAAAAUUUUGUUAGAGAGUCAAAUGAAAGAGAUGAACUUAUGAAGACGCUUCUUAAAUUCUACCAAACACAAGCUGAAAACAGUGCUGUGCCAUCACUAUCAAGAUUAUCACCUGAACAAAAUGCGACCAUCGCCAAAGAACUUAAAGUGUUUCAAAACAUCUGUAAUCUUGGGAUUCGUAGUGGGAAUGUCAAAGAUACUACAGAGUUGUUACAUCCGUCCAUUUUUAAAGAUUUUGGAGAUGAAGAAAGAGAGAAAUGUCCACUGUUGCACAGUAUUGUGGAAGCAUUGGUCAUAACCAGUCAGCACGAAAGAAAUGUUCAUAAAACCAAUGAAAAGAAAGUGCUUUGUGGACAUCAUGCUUUGGCCCUUUUAUAUAACAUCAGAAACUCAAACUGCUGUAAUAAUUUUCCAUUGUUGUUUGGACUGUUGUGUGUAUCAUAUGGAGCGGGAAAACAGUUUAUCAAUACGUAG